AUUACUAAAUUUGCUUUCAUUUUGUACAUUGAGAAUUUUUUCCCCUAUGGGAUGUGUGGGUGGGGUUUAUUUUCUUCAUUAAAGCUUAGAUUUUGGUGGGGAAGGUGGUGCUGAUUCUAAGGAGAUUGGGAACAUUCCCAGCUUGGCUUUUUGUGCAGUUUUGUGUUGAUGGAUUGUAUGACAAAGUGUUUAACAGCUCAUCCCUUUUUUUAUUUUUUUUCUUAUAAUUUUCUGAGGAUGAUGGAUUGAUGGGGCCGUAUCUGUGUGUGAAGAGUCCUGGACUCUGUGGGGCGGCCAUUUUGGUCCGGCAUCUUUAAUGUCUUGUUGAUUCGUUGUCGAUGAAUCAAGGGCUCUUCCUUUUCUACUUUGCUUACCACUUUAGCAGAGUGAGCAGGGAGGAAGAGAAGACCAUACUAUUUUGCAGAGCAUUUAGUUGGGGGAUUGGACUUGGAUUCUGGGCGUGCUUGGUGGGUUUUGCAUAACUUAUUGAACUGAUCUACAAAAUCAUCUUUUUAGUCACUUGUUAUCUUCCGUUUUCUUCAUGUGAGUUAUAGGUCUUCAACGGUGGAGCAACAGUGAAAGGGGAAUUUUUUUUUUUUUUUUUUUUUAAAGGAAUGUGGAUUGGAUUUCCAGGGUUUGGAACUUGAAGCAAUCUAGAUCAUAUGAGGUCCUGAUGGUGUGAUCUUUUCCUGAGCUGCUGCUGGUACUGCUACUGCUACUGCUACUGCUACUGUUUAAGUUGGGGUUUUGGUAUUUUAAAGCACAAUGAAAGGAGGAGCAUAAGGGGAUAAACAAAUAAAGGGAGCGGUGGUGUCAGGUCUGUGCUAGUGGGUGUCUCUGUUCUCGGAAUUGUUUAGUGUGGAGAGUCUGUUGGCGAUGUCUCCUGGGUUGAACGUGGACGCCCGGGCUCCGUGGGCUCUGCCGUCGACCAAGGAAACAAGCUCUUCUUUGGGUCUCUUGCCAUUGACGAGAAACCCAUCUUAAAAAAUUACAGACCCCCAUUUACUCUUUCUUCUUUCUAGUCUUACUCUUAUCAGCAUUACUCCUGCCUCGGUUCGUGAGAAAGAUUCGCUUCUUCUCAUACCAUAUAUUCUUCCUCUCAUAGAUCCCAUUUUCCUUCCCUUGAAGCGAAGACCCUAAAGUGGGGCACAUUCAGAAGUCUGGGUUCGUAAUCUGUGUUUUUUCCUUCUCUAAUUUAUUUUACUUUCCCAGCUUCUGGCUCUCUUCCCCACCCCCUUUCGUUCUUGGGUAUGUUUGGUCGCGGAGGAGAUCUGCGGUGGCAGCAGGGUGAGGGUAUUAGCUGGUUUUGUUAACUAAGAACAGAGAGAGGAUUGUUUUGGUAUCUCAGAGGUGAAGCUGCGACAGAUCUUUCUUUUGCCAAAAUGAAGUUUAUGAAACUAGGAUCAAAGCCAGAUUCAUUUCAGACUGAUGGUAACAAUGUUCGGUAUGUGGCAGCUGAGUUGGCAACUGACAUUACAGUUAACGUAGGGGAUGUGAAGUUUUAUCUGCACAAGUUUCCCCUGUUGUCCAGGAGCGCCCGUUUGCAGAAGUUGGUCUCAACCACAGAUGAGGAAAGCAAUGAUGAAAUUCACAUACCUGACAUUCCUGGAGGCCCUUCUGCAUUUGAGAUAUGUGCCAAAUUCUGUUAUGGUAUGACUGUUACUCUCAAUGCUUACAAUGUGGUUGCAGCCCGUUGUGCAGCAGAGUAUCUAGAGAUGCAUGAGACCAUUGAGAAAGGAAAUCUCAUUUAUAAGAUUGAAGUCUUCCUCAACUCCAGCAUCUUCCGUAGCUGGAAAGACUCCAUAAUAGCUCUUCAGACGACGAAAGCUCUGCUUACCUGGUGCGAGGAACUCAAGCUGAUUAGCCACUGUGUUGACUCCAUAGCUUCUAAGGCCUGCAUUGACCCUUGCAAAGUAGAGUGGUCUUAUACCUAUAAUCGCAAAAAACUUCCAUCAGAAAAUGGCAUGGAACCACAAUGGAAUGGUGUCAGGAAACAUCAGACAGUGCCUAAGGACUGGUGGGUUGAAGACCUGUGUGAGCUUGAAAUUGAUUUCUACAAACGGGUUCUUGUGACUAUCAAAACCAAAGGAAGAAUGCCUGGAGAUGUAAUAGGGGAAGCACUAAAAGCAUAUGCACUGAGAAGGUUGCCAGGUUUCAGCAAGGGUAUUAUCCAGGGCGGUGAUGUUGUCAAGAACCGGUCUCUGGUGGAGACCAUUAUCUGGCUCUUGCCCACAGAGAAGGGCAGUGCUCCCUGUAGUUUCUUAAUCAAGCUGCUAAAAGUAGCUAUUAUGCUGGAUUCUGGAGAAAUGGGGAAGAGAGAGCUCAUGAAAAGAAUAGGCCAGCAGCUGGAUGAGGCAUCUGUAGUGGAUCUUUUGAUUCAGGGGGAAAUUAUGAUGUACAAUGUAGAUAUAGUAAAAUGCAUACUGGCAGAGUUUGUGAUGCAGGAGAAGAGUGCUCAGACUGACCUACCAGUGGCUGAAGAGCUUCAGGAGAUUAGAAGCCCGGGGUAUGUAUCAGAUACUUCUAAGCAAAGAGUGGCAAAGCUGGUUGAUGGCUACCUUGCUGAAAUUUCACGUGAUCCAAAUCUUCCUCUGUCAAAGUUUGUCGAUCUUGCGGAAAUGGUAUCAAGAUUCUCAAGGCCAGCACAUGAUGGACUCUACCGUGCCAUUGACACAUAUCUCAAGGAACAUCCUGGGAUCAGCAAGAGUGAGAGGAAGAUGAUAUGCCGGCUGAUGGAUUGCAAGAAGCUGUCCGUGGAUGCAAGUAUGCAUGCAGUGCAAAAUGAGCGGCUCCCCUUGCGGGUAGUGGUGCAGGUUCUAUUUUUUGAGCAGGUCAGGGCUGCAACAUCAUCUGCUGCAGGUGGAACCACAACUGACCUUCCUGGAAGUGUCCGGGCUCUGUUCCCACGGGAGAAUGGUGGAUCUCAUGGGAGCUCAAGAUCUGCAACGACCAACACAGAGGAGGAUUGGGAUGCUAUCCCAACUGCUGAGGAGCUGAAGGCCCUGAAGGGAGAGCUUGCAUCCUUAAGGUUGGGGGCAGGAAGUGGAGGCAGUGAUAGAAAUGGGAGUGAGGAUGCUAAAAGUAGCAUUGACAAAGCUGCAGUUAGUAAGGUGAAAGGCUUACUCAUAUCAAAGAAAAUAUUCAGCAAGCUAUGGUUGAAUAAAGGAGGACAGGGUGAGAAUAGUGGCUCUGAUACAUCUGAUAGCCCCGUUUCUGCCAACCCAGAUGAUACCAAGUCCACACCCUCCAGAAAUAGGAGGCAUUCAGUCUCUUAGUACAGCCAUAGAGAGAAUUUGAUGUGGGGGGAGAGAGGGGUGGGGUUGGCUUUUUUCCCUCCCUUAGACAUUAGGAAGUUAGAACUACUGACAUCUUCCGGGGUUGACACAGUAAGGAAAGGUGCACACUGGGAGCCUUGAGCAUUAGUAGAUGGCUUUAGGAGAACGGAAUUGAAUGCAGGUAAGACAAUCUAGGUCACUUCAUGAAGCCUCUGCUCUUACUCAUGUCUCAUAUAUUUUCUCUUCCCACUUAUUCUUUCUCUCUAAGGAAAAAAAACAUGGGUUUUGAUGAACCCAGUUUGUUGUAUCAUAAGAAAAAAGGUAAUGCUAAACUUUCUGGUUUCCCAGGUUUUCAGUUGCCUUCCAUGUUAAUUCGAGGAGUUAGGGCCCAUUUUGUUAGAUGUGAUGUAAAAUGAAAAUUUCACUGGUAAGCUAUAGAAAAUUUCUGUUUUUUCAGUUA